AUGAAUAAAAUCGAAAUACCCACAACCGUAAAUCCCGAUCUGGCAAUUGAACGUAAAAAUGCCAGCUUCAAUUCGGAUGAAAUGGCUGCGUUCUUUUGGGGACGCAAGGAAAUUGUUGAUAUGAAACGAAUGAUUGGUAAGUGGAUUGAUGCCUUCGAUGAAACCUCGGCCACCAGUGGAGAACUUCUAACCUGGGGAACACGCAUCGCCCUGCAUUUGAAGAGCCAACGCAUGCGUUAUGAAGACAUUGUGGGCAUAGCCGCCCGCAAUACCAUCAAACUGGUAUCGGUUAUUUUGGGCUGUCUCUUCAAUGGGAAUCCCCUGCAUGCUGUAAAUCCGAAUUAUACAGAAGCCGCCAUCACCCACAGCUUUGGCAUUACCAAACCAAAAAUUAUUUUCUGCGAUGGCUGCGAUUAUGAGAAAAUACGCAAAAUAACCAAAUCAUUUAAUCCGACCAUCUACACACUGACCGAUCACAUUGAGGGCGUGCCGACGGUAAUGGAUCUAUUGGCACCAAAUAAAAUGGAACGUUUUUAUCAGCCAGAGAAACCAAUUCUGGGUGCUGACCAAACUGUGGUGAUUCUGAGCUCUUCAGGCACAACAGGAUUAUCGAAAGCUGUUACAGUUUCGGCACCGAAAAUUAUGUUGGAAAAUGGUUUCUCCAAUAUCGAUGAAGUCUUCUACACGUCCAGUGGCAUGGAUUGGGCCAGUGGCCUCUUUUCCCUCAUGCAAAACCUGUAUUCCGGUGUUACUCGCAUUAUCAAUCGUAAACCCUUCAAUCCUGCUGAAUUUGUCAAGAUGGUGAAAAAAUAUAAAAUCUCCAAUGGCAUCUUGAGUCCCAUACAAUUUGUCGAACUACUCGAUUGCCCAACAUUUACCAAAGAAAAUAUGGCCAGCUUUAAAAUGGUUUCCUGUGGUGGUGGUUAUGUCUCCAAACAGCUGGUGGAAAAGGUCCAACGUGUUAUGACCCAAUGUCUGAUAUGUAUUGGAUAUGGUCUGACGGAAAUCGGUGGAGUGUCCAUAAAUCUUGGGGUUCAACGUAAUAAUUCUGUGGGCCAGCUGCUACCCAAUGUCCAGAUGCGUAUUAUCGAUGAAGAGGGCAAAUUCUUGGGCCCCAAUGAAACGGGAGAGAUUCUGGUACGUCUACCCAAUUGCACGUGGUCGGGUUACUAUGGCAAUCCUAAGGAGACACAACGCAUGAUGGAUUCUCAGGGAUGGUAUCAUACCGGUGAUUUGGGUUAUGUCGAUGAUGAGGGUGACCUCUAUAUUGUCGAUCGUAUUAAGGAUAUUUUGAAAUAUAAUCGCAUGCAAUAUUGGCCGGGAGAGAUUGAAAAUGUGAUCCGAGAAUUACCCGAUGUGGCUGAUUGUUGUGUGGUGGGCGUCUUCGAUGAACGUCAUGGUGAUGUGGCGGGUGCUUUGGUUCUGAAGAAAAGUGGCAGUAAUUUAACAACACAGGCAAUUGUGGAUCAUGUUCGCAAUCGUUUGACGGAAGAUCACAAACAGCUACACAACGGUGCAUUUUUUGUUGAUAAAUUACCGCAGAAUAUUAAUGGCAAAAUAUUGAAGCGGGAAGCAAGGGAAAUACUCAAGUCAUUGUUGGAAAAAUCAUCGACGUCAUCGUCUUCAUCCUCGAAAAGUUCAACAUUAGAUCGUUAA